UUAUCUUGAAUUGCACCACCUCCGCAACGGAUGACGCGAUUUCCAAUGUUUCAGAGAUGCUCCGGAGGCACUUUCUUUACAUUGUUUGACGGACUCAGGCCAUUACAGGCCGCUGUCGCCAUUUGCUCAUGAUAUGUCCCCAUCAGGUGUUUUGCUAUCGUGCUCCUAGGCCGAAGUUCUCUAAUAUGCCUGUGUUUUCUAUGGCCCCUCCACCAUAUUCCUCAGACCUCUACUCUUCCCAGAAGCACACAACCAGCCCGCCAUUGAGCCGAACAGGGUACAGAUAUUGAUUCGCCAUAUCAUCGGACCCAGUUGCUGACCAGAACUCCUGGAGACCAGCUCAACUCGAGGGGGCCCCAGCAACGCGCCAUUGAACCAGCAAACCAUACCCCAACCAUGAUGAUACCGACGGGUCCGGUGGUCGUAGCCGAGGCGCAAGACCAGUAUCUGCAACAGCUGGAUGCGAAGGACUUGAGCGUGGUCUCCUGCAUCGAAGAUUUGGCUGAUGCACGGAAGGCGGCCUGGGAGAGAUAUCUCGUUGUCUCACCAUACCAGGAGCAGGACCAUCUUCUCGACCUCCAGAGCUUGGACGUCGAGAACCAACUGUUAGCGGUCUCCCUGACCACAAUGAAGUGCUUGCGAGACGACUAUGCCACCGCACCAUAUACUCAGACGUUCAACUGGGAUGAGAUUAUGGCGACCCUCCGAACACUGGCCCGGGAAACCAACCAUGCGUGGAAAAAGACAUCCUUCUUUGUGGUCGCCUUCCGCUCCCGUAUUCCUCCGACAACAGUAUACGAGGAACUGGGCGCCUUAGACAAGGCGGCCCACGCCGAGGCCACAGCAAGCGGUGGCUUUCUGAAAUACUGGUUCGGGACUCCGGACGUCGAAGGCCGCAACUUGGCGACGUGCAUUUGGAGAUCGCAGGAAGAUGCUAGGAAAGGAGGCACAGGUCCUGCUCACCGAAAGGCGGCAGGUGCUGCGCGGACCUUGUACUCGUACUGGAAAAUCGACCGCCUCAAGCUGACCAUCGAGGACAAUGUCAGCAGUUGGGCUAUCACUGACUGGGACGAGUGAGACUGAAGCGAGUGGUCGUCUUGAUUAGAGGGGGGAGGCUUCUGGGUUUGUCCACAAUAGACUUGCUCGCACCUGCAACGUUAAAGGGAUAAGCGCGCCUAAUAUAAUUUUUUACGAGGACGGCGUUCAUUGCCGGUGCUGUGGGAUCAGCGGAGCUAUUCGAAGGCUACCACAGGGCCAGAGGAUGUCGUUAUCAGCACUUGACCGACGGGGGGUCGUCAAUUUAAGCAAUUCAGUCUUGGGUUCGAGACGAACCCUCGGCGUGGGGGGGACGUGGGAUGAUGUUGCUCAGUACCGAAUCAUCUUAGCGCUCUAAAUCUCAUGACAGGCCGAAAUCCUCAGCCAGGGCGACCUGCACCGUACCAUAUAUCUCCUUAGGGUCAUAACAAGGGAGCACUUGUGUCGUGUUUAGGCUUGAAGAAACCGAGUG